ACUCCUGCUUGGGAAGGUUGCAGGGUGAGUCAGGAUUGGGUUUCAGGUCAGAAGGACGGUGCAGAGGAAGAGAACACAAUUCUCUAGGACCUGCACUGGAACCCGGGGUUUCCAGGUGAGCAGCUUCUCUGGGAGCAGGGCACCUGCCUUACUCUCAGCUUACAGCUACAUCUGAGUUAUUCCAACCUAGGCUAGAUUCUUUCCAAACUACGCACCUUCUUUUUCAUACCCUUCUCCUCCUUUUCCUCCCUAACUUCAUCUCCAUUUCUCCUUUUCUUCUACUCAAGUUUUCUUACUCCCUAACCCUUCUCCCCUUUCUGAAGUGAGAAUUUUGGUUUCUUUAAGACCACAGGAAUAUCAUAACAAUAUGUUUUCCAUUUUAAUCCUGGGUGUGGUAUGAGAUUGUCCACAGCAGCUGACUGUGAUUUGCCUCAUGCUCUAGCAAGGCAUGGUUUUACCAGAUGCAGGGAGGUUUGUUUUGUUUUGUGAUUGUGUGAUGUUUGGAACUCUAGGGACUUUUCAUAGGGUGUAUAAAUUAUAAAUGCUAGAGCCUCAGAGGCUGUGUGUGUUGUUGGUUGGUUGCUGUUGCUUGCUGCAUUUUAUCAAGGAGUUGCACACAAAGAAAAAACAACAAGGAGAAAUUAGAUAUCCUGACUGUGAAGAUCAAACUUGCCCCAAGGAACUCAAUGACCCUAAUCAGCAGGAAGUAGUCUAAGGGAGAAAUGGUGACCCCGGGGGAACAGAGGUCUCCCGUCCCAUCCUAAGAACUGCUAGAUCCCGUGUGACAUCACCAGUCCCCUCACUGCUGCCACUGCUAGAAGCUCUGAGCUCUGUGCUGGGGGCACCAGGCACUGACACUUGGCUCUUGUUGGGAGAACAGAGAGAGUCUCUCUUGUCCACAGCCUGUGCUCAGCUCCAACUGCUGCAUCUCCCAGAGGCUCUGCCCUGCCCCAGCUGCAUAGAGCCUACCUGAUCACAGCUCCAGAAUGGCCUCCAGCCCAGUUGGAGUUCCUAGCCCACAGCCCUCUAGGGCCAAUGGGAACAUCAACCUGGGGCCAUCAGCCAACCCAAAUGCCCGGCCCACAGACUUUGAUUUCCUCAAAGUCAUUGGCAAAGGGAACUACGGGAAGGUCCUACUGGCCAAGCGCAAGUCGGACGGAGCCUUCUACGCCGUGAAGGUGCUGCAGAAGAAAUCCAUUUUAAAGAACAAAGAGCAGAACCACAUCAUGGCAGAGCGCAACGUGCUGUUGAAGAACGUGCGGCAUCCUUUCCUCGUGGGCCUGCGCUACUCCUUCCAGACCCCAGAGAAACUCUACUUUGUGCUUGACUAUGUCAACGGGGGAGAGCUCUUCUUCCAUCUACAGCGGGAACGCAGGUUCCUGGAGCCCCGGGCCCGGUUCUACACUGCAGAGGUGGCGAGCGCCAUUGGUUACCUUCACUCUCUCAACAUCAUCUACAGAGACCUGAAGCCAGAAAACAUUCUCUUGGACUGCCAGUACUUGGCUCCAGAAGUGCUUCGUAAAGAGCCUUACGAUCGAGCAGUGGACUGGUGGUGCUUAGGGGCAGUCCUCUACGAGAUGCUACAUGGCCUGCCCCCCUUCUUCAACACUGACGUGGCCCAGAUGUAUGAGAAUAUUUUACAUCAGCCGCUACAGAUCCCUGGAGGCCGGACAGUGGCUGCCUGUGACCUCCUGCAAGGCCUUCUCCACAAGGACCAGAGGCAGCGGCUGGGCUCCAAGGAAGACUUUCUGGACAUAAAGAACCACAUGUUCUUCAGUCCCAUAAACUGGGAUGAUCUGUACCACAAGAGGCUGACUCCACCCUUCAACCCAAACGUGGAAGGACCUGCUGACUUGAAACACUUUGACCCAGAGUUCACCCAGGAAGCUGUGUCCAAGUCCAUUGGCUGCACCCCUGACACCGUGGCCAGCAGUUCUGGGGCUUCAAGUGCAUUCCUUGGAUUUUCCUAUGCACAGGAUGAUGAUGACAUUUUGGACUCUUGAGAGACGUGCGCUUGGAAAGCCACCAAGCCCAGCCGGUACCUGCUGGAACUAUCUUCUGCUGCACUAAGACACAAUGAGUCCCAAAGAAGUAAGACACAGUGGCUCGGAGAAGAGGGGAAACACAUUUUCCAUCAUGUGAAGGAACAGUUCAGGCUCCCCAGUAUCCAGCCGUCUGCAGUUCUGACUUGCCCUUCUUGAGAAAUGACUUCUGUGCUUGGUUUUUCAUUUUUGUUUUGUCUUGUUUGUUGUUGCUGAGGCAGUGACAAAAUAUGCAAGAAAAGUAAAGAACAUCUAUUUGGACUCACGAUUUUAGAAGGUAAAGCCCACAGUUGGCUCAUCUAUUGCUACGGUCUUCAGCCAAAGCUGAGUCAUCUCACUGGAAGGGGUGGCUUACCUUAUGACUACCAGGAGGCAGAAACAGAAGUCCGAGCUGGGAAUAAGAUACCUUCAAAUAAGAUAUCCCAAGUGGCCUACUCCCUUCCAGCCUGGGGUGGGGGAGGCCCCACCUCCGAUUUAUCACCUCUCCAUGCUAUAAAAUUACACAUCUAUGAACGGACUAUAUUGCUGAGGAAGCCUGAGCCCCUCCCUCAUUGGAUAGUGAUCCAAUCAUUUACUGAAGGCUCCAUCAGCUGGACACAGGAACCUUCAGAAAAGAGACUAGAACCGUGGUAGCUUUGGAUGUUGAGUUAUGAGAUCACAGAGUGGUUACUGGCCACUUUUGUGUGCUAAGCAAGAGAAAAGGAGGAACGGGACAGAGGUGGGCUGCCCAGAAACCGUCUGGUGGCUUCCUUUAGUGUGUCGUAAAUCUCCACCUCUCCUGGAAUGCAGCCUGGGCACAAGCUACCUCUCGUAGUAAAAGGGUUCAAAUGCUGAGAGAAAGGGGAGGAUGUAGGUGACCAGCACUCUGGGAGAGAGCCUCUUGGUAUCUGAAUUUAUAUUUCAGUGUAUACAUUGAUGAAAUGUAAUAAGCCUGUCAUGUGUUGUCUUUGGUUUGAGGUUGCUCUAUGUGGACGGUGUCUUUGUUUCAGGUAAUAUUAAAUGCACUGGAUAUUAUUUGUUACUGGG